UUUCAUACAAUGCCGAGCAUUUCUCCACUCUCAUUCAGCAGCUGCCCGUUCGGAGAGCCACGGUCCGAAUGUGCGUAAAACCAAAAUCAACCCACAAACGCAGAUAGAUAGCGACUCGUAUCAGUCACCGAGAGAGAAGGAGGGAGAGAGAGAGAGGGAGGGAGAGAGAGAGAGAAAGAGAGAGGGAGGGAGAGAGAGAGAGAAAGAAAGAGAGAGAGAGAGGGAGAGAGAGAGAGAGAGAGAGAAAACCGAAAACGCGGAGAGAACCAGGAGCAAGAGCCACCGACCAACAGUUUAUUUCCACUCAGCGGAGGAAUUAACCUGAAGGCUUCGUCGCAGAGAGCCGUUGAUAUUCAAGAUACUGAGUGACACCUCCGUUGAACACACACCAACUGAAGAGAUUGACCUUACAACUUGAAUCAUGGAACCUGCUCAGUCAGAGAUGAACAUCAUAUCCAACGGGAAAAGCCACGACCCCGGAGAAGACAUGAAUGUGCAAAUGAAGACAUUUCUAGAGGAGGAUCAGAAUGGCACUCAAACAGUCAGAUUUGAUGAUCCUGACGGAGGCCUGGAAAAUGACACAUUUUUGCCCAGUGCAGAUGGGAAGAAACCUGUACGCUUCACAGAUUUUGAAGGGAAGACCUCUUUUGGCAUGUCUGUCUUCAACCUGGGUAACGCUAUUAUGGGCAGUGGGAUCCUGGGAUUGGCCUAUGCCAUGGCCAACACUGGCGUACUCCUCUUCUUGUUUCUUCUGACUGCAGUCGCAGCCUUGUCGUCUUACUCCAUUCAUCUGCUGCUUAAAUCCUCUGGCAUUGUGGGAAUUCGAGCUUAUGAAGAGCUGGGGUACAGAGCCUUUGGCACUACAGGAAAAAUGGCUGCCGGUAUAGCAAUAACACUGCAGAAUAUUGGAGCUAUGUCCAGCUACCUGUACAUCGUUAAAUCGGAGUUGCCGCUGGUCAUCCAAGCUUUCCUGAAGGCGGAUCCCACCGCUGAUUUGUGGUACUUGAAUGGAAACUACCUGGUCAUCAUGGUCUCUGCCAGUAUCAUCCUGCCCCUGGCGUUAAUGAAGCAACUUGGUUACCUCGGCUAUACCAGUGGAUUUUCUCUCGGCUGCAUGGUGUUCUUUCUCACUGCGGUUAUCUAUAAGAAGUUUCAGAUUCCCUGCCCGUUCGAGGAGUUCUCGACCAACAGCACUGCUGCCCUCCUCAGCUUGAACAUCUCAAGCCAUGGCCACGAGUACACCAACGGUGUUGUUCACGCAGACGACGACUGCUCCCCGCGCAUGUUCACCAUCAACUCACAGACAGCAUACACCAUUCCCAUCUUGGCCUUCGCCUUCGUCUGCCACCCCGAGGUCCUGCCCAUUUACACUGAGCUCCGCAAUCCCACGAAGAAGAGGAUGCAGAGUGUGUCCAACAUCUCCAUCCUUGUCAUGUACAGCAUGUACUUUCUUGCAGCUCUCUUUGGCUACCUGACCUUCUAUGGCAAUGUGGAGCCUGAACUGCUGCACACGUACAGCCGGAUCGAUCCCUAUGACACUUUGAUUCUGUGUGUGCGUGUGGCCGUCCUCACCGCCGUCACACUGACCGUCCCCAUCGUGCUGUUCCCUGUGCGCAGAGCCAUCCAGCACAUGUUAUUCCCCACCAAGUCUUUCAACUGGUUGCGUCACACUGCCAUCGCCAUCAUUCUGCUCACCCUCAUCAACCUGCUGGUGAUAUUUGCCCCAAACAUUCUGGGCAUCUUCGGCAUCAUCGGUGCCACCUCGGCCCCCUGCCUCAUUUUCAUUUUCCCCGCCAUUUUCUACAUCCGCAUCGUCCCCAAAGACGAGGAACCCAUGAACUCUGUUCCCAAGAUCCUGGCUGCCUGUUUUGCUGCUCUGGGCGUCUCCUUCAUGGUAAUGAGUCUGAGCUUCAUUAUCGCUGACUGGACAACGGGGAGCGGCCAUGCUGCAGGAGGCCACUAGAGGCUGUUUCAGUGUGUAGGCUUAGCAAAUGGGAGGGGGGGGGGGGGGGGGGGGGGGGUGGAAGAAGCACUAUCACCUCAGUGGGAACACACUAACUACAGUGCCGCCCAGUUCACAGCCUGGGGUUUGUAACGGUAAAACAAUAUAUACAAUAUUGAAAUGUGGGUUGGAAUCACAUUUAUAUUUUAACCAAGUUGAAUUAACUUUUUUACACUUAUCUGAACAAAGUCCUUUCAUAAGAAUGUUUCAUAAUCCGAUUGAACUUAGUGCAAUGGUCAUUUAAUUUAUAUGAAUAAUCAGGAGGGAACAGUUUUUUUUUUUCAUCAUCUGUUGUGUGACAAAGUCCAUAUCCAACAAUGGUGAAAUGGUCCUUUCCUGUUGCUUCCUCUUUAUUUACACACAAACAGCUGCAGCUGGUACUGUAUAGAAAAGUUGCUAUGAUUGUAUUUUAGGCUGGAGACAGGAAGGCGUCAAUAUAUACACUACAGAGGGCUAAAUAACUCAGAAGUUAUUUUUACACGAGUAUUUUUCUCAGAACAGGACUCAUCCUGAACCAGCAGCACUCUGAACUGUUCACCACCAUGUAACGUGAGAUACAAAGUGCUGCAAAGCCUUAAAGUGCAGGUGACAUUUCAUUUUCGUGAUCUGCCAUUUGCCAGAGUUAUAAUGUGGUGUGGUAUUACACAGUUUAUGCUUUUGUUUCAUAUGCAUAAAUCAAUUGCCUUUCAAUAUUUGGAACAACACAGUAAAAAAAGGAAUGCUUAUUUAUUUAGCGACUAUAAGUUUGUUUAAUUUCAAAUGGACCGUAUUUAGCUACUGUAUAUGAUGAAGUUAAUGAUCCAAAAGCCUGUAUGAUUUCAGUUUUUGUUUUCGCUAACAGUUCAGUAUAUAGUUAAUGGAAGGCGUUACAGACUGACAAUACCUUGAAUGUGUGAUCAAAUAUAAAGAGCUUGAUUUAAGGAUUUGAUUCCGCGCUUUGUAAAAAAGUUUUAGCACAUACGCCAAACUGUGACCUUGAAUAUGAACCGAGUACAGUUCAAGUUUACCCCAGCAGUUCACUUUUCAGCCUUUCUCAUGAACCUCAUUAAUUCUUGAUUAUACCCCCCCCCCCCUUAAAUUUCUCAUUAAUUUCUUUGCCUACAUUCAGAACUUAUAUUUAUUCAUAUAUGAUAAAUAAUAGUUACAAGUUGCAGUACUUCCUUGGAUUUUUACGAUGCUUACAUUGAGGGAAAAUUUGAAUACCAGAAGCCAUAAAUAAUACAUUGAUAUUUUAGGAAAUACUCGUAAUGAACAACAGCCAGGAAACUUUUAGCUUAGCAUAAAGAUCAGGAGAGGGGGUAAAAAAAUAAGUAGAUAAAUAAAUCAGCAACUCUUACAACUAAGCCCCCCCCCCCCCCCCUCUCUCUCUCUCACUCACACACACACUCACUCUCACACACACACACACACACACACACACACACGCUCAAAGUGGUAUUGAUCUUCUAAUCAAUUAAGAAUGUUUUUUUUAAAUAUUCAAAAUUGAAGGGGCCAAAAAAGUAGGUAGAGUACAAAGGAAAAAUGGUUCCUUAUUUUUAUUUUUUAAAUCUAACUGUGGGUUUGUUAAAUGCCCGGCCGCGCAACAUGAAUUUGUAAAGAUAAACCCACUGGUGGGUCUAGCAGAGUUCAUCAGGUUGAUUUUAUCAUUGAUAAUUGAAGAUGUAUUAAUCUGCUGUUAUUCUGACCUAACAUCUCUGCUGUGCUGGUUUGUAUUAUUUUUGAUCUGCUUGUUGAAUAUUUAGACUCAAGGUUCAUGUUUUGCAUGCUGUUACGUCCAGUCUGUCCUGUAGCUGGUGUAGUGAAACUACACAGCAAGAGAUGUUCCCUCCCACAUUUGUCAUAGAUGUCAGUGUAACACUAUACAAUUGGCAUCUUGUGGUGAAGUGGACUGGAGGUCCCAUCCUGUACUAUAGUCACCAUAGUGUUAUGUUAGUAUUAUGAAGCCCUUCUUAAAAGACUUGACAACAAAUAAUGCUGUAAUCCUUACUGUUGUAAUGUCCGGUCAGUGACGACAAAUUCAAUUUGAGGUUAAUUUAGGGAUGCGGAUGAUCACCUCCAAUAUUUGUAAUUCUCCAGACUGAUUUCGGGUCCCAUGAUAGCAAUGGCAAACUGACGCUGACUUUUUACUGAUGACAGGAGCAUUUCUUUAUCCUUCUUUUCUAAAUAUACACUGGCAAAUUAACUGAGCUAAAACAAUGCCAAUCUUUGAAAUUUUGAAAUUAUAGGACAAAUACUCAGUGCUUGUAACGAUGUAAAGGUGGUUUUAUAUGGUAACGCGUGACUCUCAGGCUUCAGCAAAGUCCUGUGUAAACCAUCGCUUCUCUCAUUUUAUUUAUGUAUUCUUCUACUGUUUGUGUUGCGUUUGUUCAGGAGCUCUGAGUCCUGAUCGAGGUGUUUUCAACGGACAAAUUACAAACAACAGCAGGAGAAAUAAUUAGUGCACGUAUCAACCUCCGUCCCUUGCUUUUUUUCCAUGUGUAUUUGCCGUGGCUGUUGUGGUGUGAGCUAAAUGAAGGGUUAGCUUUGUCAUGUUUAGUGAAGUGAGUUUUUAUUCACGCCAAAAUAACAACUGACUACCUACUGCUUCGAAAUGCCUUUAACUUUUAAACAGGUACCACAUAUUAAAUACCAGACACAGUAUAUGAAAUAUGCAUUUUUCCUGUAAUCAAAUCUAUGUGAUAUUUUAUUAUAUUCUAACUGUUGCUAAUGACACAACUAUAAGUUAAUAAUAAGAUAUAUGGGAUCUUGGUGAAUAAGAUGUGGCUUUAUAUAAAUGAUGUAUAUAAAUCUAAACCUUUUAUAUUUGUGAUGCAUAUUUACAGUAGCUUGUAAAGUGUAAAUAGCAGGGACAGUUUUAGUUUGGCAAUAAAAUAAUUGUAGAUGUU